AUGCAAUUCACUGAAGUACCACCGUGUACAUACACAGGACUAACGUCGCCCAACAGAGCUUCUAGCGGAUACCAAGUGCCUCCCUUCGCCUGCUGCACCUUGUGCAAGACAGCGCCGGCACUCGGACGACCGCGUCUCGCGAUGGUUAGCGACGGCUAUGCAAGGAGACAGCGGGAAACAAAUAUCCCGUUUAGGACGCACCUCACGUGCAAGAUAGCGCCCGUAUCCUGCUGUCGCGCCUGGGCGAUGCUCGCAAGCCUGGAGGAACCGUAGAUGAGGAAGAAACCCGUUGACGGUAUACUUCCUCGAACGUCCAUACAACUCACAGAUCGUGUACGACAGCACCCUCCUUCCACCCACAACCUCAUGGGGCCGCUUCGAUCGUCCACAACCUCCGUAUUGCCAAUAGCAAACGAUCGGCGAUACACGGUCACAACGAUCUGCCUCCGCUGCUUCGGCGUUUCCCCGAUCGCCUCCGUACUGACGCCACCACACAGGCGGGCGAGGCUCCACACGCAUAUCCCAUGCGCCCGGUAUACCUCGCGCAGUCUCAGCACAUGGGGGCGUGGCAGGCAUGCCCACAGAUUGUGCUUCCUCGACUGCGUCACAGAACUGAGGACCUCCACGCACGAGUCCACGCUCAAGCUGAAGCAUACAUCAUCCUCGCGUCACAACGCCGUCAGUACACGCCCCAGCACCACCCUAUCGACGAGCUGGAGGGAGUCUUCACAUGUACGCCGUCGCUUUCCCAUGUUCGCGUGUCCCAGGUCCGACACAAGGGACGCCGCAACAAAGGAGUGGCGUGCGCCUGCACGCUCCGGAAUUCUAUCUCGCACGCUCCUCGCGAUGCUUGAGUAUUCCACGACAAGCCUAUGCGUUGCUUGCGACGUAACGAGCGUAUCUACAUGCAUUGAUGAAGCACCAGGCCCAUGGCCUCGACUUUCGGUCGUCUCGGCAGCACGCCAUCAUCCCACAGAGGACAGCAUCGAAUGCGAGUGCACACGGCGGACGCACUGCGAGAGGAAGGCGCGCAGGCUCGUCCCGAACCGCUCUCCCGGGCAACAACGCUCGGAAAGUCGUCGAAGGGCGGAGAUGUCGAUGUCGCGAGAGAGUCAGGGGCAACAUCUCCCUGGGUGUGCUUGCUCGACAGGAAUCAUGUUAGUUUCUGUGUGAAACGGACGUGUAUGUAGACGUACCUCUUCAAUGCUAGCAUCUUGUUGGAACGUGGCUGGUUACAUGGGUGGGCGACGCAAGGCUGAUGCUCUGGAGCUAUACGUCAUUCGAGGGUUGGAAAGUCCUCAACGUAACGUGCAGCAGAGUAGAAAG